AUGUAACCAUUAUUCAAACAAAGGAAACCAGCUAAUCUGAUCAUCCAAUCUUCUGAAGAGGACAAAAUUGUCUAACAAUAAAUCUAAGAAUUAGACACUUUUGAAGAAUUUUGUAGCAACAUACCAGAUGUUGAAAACUAAGAACUCAAUUUUACUAAGGAAUCCAAAUCCUUUAGUUCUCAACCUAUCAAUUUGCAAGAAUCUCAAGAAUUUCAAUACAAUCCAAAAUUUAGUGAUCAAAAAUAAGAUGAAAUUUAAGAGUCACAUCCUAUACAAUAUAUUGAAUUUGUAGAGUUUCAUCCCCAAAGCAUCAAUUCUGGCUAAUCUGAAUCCAAUUAUUAAAGAAUCGAUUCUCAACCAAGUCCUAAAGACAUUAUGUAAGAGCCUCCAGCUCCUUAAAAUAAAAACUUGACUAAAUUUAGCUUUCCUCAAAAAGGUGGUUGUUUCAGUAGUUUGAAAAAGCAACUUUGUGUUGAAUAACCUAUAAUCAUUAAUCAUGGAAAUCAGAGUGAAUUUGAAGAAACACUUGUUAAGCAGCAUAACAACUAAACCAUUCCCAAAAGUGUAUAAGAUGAUUUGAUUAAACAAAUUAAGGAAUUAAAUGAUUAGAAAAAUGCUAUUGAAACAACUUUGUAAACUUAGAUCUAAUCACUUUAAAAUUAAAAUCAAAAAUUAGAAUAAGAAUUGGUUCAACAGAAAUAAAAGAAUUGUUCUCUAGUCUAAGAAAAUAUGCUAUUACAAUCCAAAAUUUAAAUUUUAGAAUAAAAAAAAAGCACUGAUCUAAAUAACAUCACUGACUUUUCCAAUGAUUUAUUACCUCAUAAAUUGUCUAUGAAUGAUAAAUUAGUAUAUUUGUUACAAAAAUUGAACGCUAAAACAUCAGAAAAUGCAAAACUUCAAUAUGAAAUUUUGAAAUUGCAAAAUAACAUUGAAAUCUUAGAAACACAAAAGUAUUUGCAAAUCAAUCCAAAUUUACUACUAGAAACACAUAAAUUGUAGCAAAGUCACUCUCCUCUAAUCCAACCAUAAUCCUAAAAUAGAGGACAAUCCCUUAGUAAAGACAGCAGAACCAGUCUUUUAAAUUCAUAAAAAUACCCUCUCAAUUUAUCCCUUAAUUAUGUUUACUAAGGAGAGAGAAGACAAGAAGUCUUUAUAAAUAAAAAGAAUCGAAUUAUAUCUCCUUUGGCUCAUUAUAGUUCAGUGGGUGAAUAACAAUAGCUUUAAUUAACAAACCUCUAGAAGAAUAAAGUUUACAAGGAAGAUGUGAAUUAUAAUAAUAAAAUGCACACUAAAAACAGCACUUCAGUUGGGGAAUUAAUAUCGUUUAAAUAGGACUUAACUAACUGUUCGAAUAUGAUCAAUAAAGCUUUAAGAAAAGAGUCCUAUUCUACAUAAUCUCCAGAUGGCAAAGUUACCCAAAAAUUCAAACAAACCUUAAAUGCAAAAAUAGGGGCUUAAUAAGAAAACUCAAAGUCUUAUGCAAGUCUCUUAUUUUCUCUUGGAGAAAAGCAGAAAGAUGUAAGACAAAUGUCUCCUAAAGGAGGCAAUAAGAAAUCAAAAUAAUUAUUUGGAUUCAUCAUGUAACCCCAUCCAAAUUCAAGAAAAUAAUCAGAAAUUUUGAAAUCAGAAGAAUCUCAUAAAAUGAGUCACGAAUAGCUAAAGAUGUCAGAUAAAAAAAAUACAUUGCAAACUAGUAUUGACAUAUUUUAAAUAAUGAGGGAUAUGAGAGUUAAAAAAAGUGGGAUCUCGACUAAAUAAAGUUCAAAAAAAGGACAAGCUGCAACUAGUAGAUAAUUGAUCACUGAAAUCAAAAGUAGCAGAACCAAUAAACCAAGUUUUGAUUGA